CCCACUCAAGCUCACCUCAUGUCGCUGCAUUGGCAGAGACGCAUAAAGCGAAUAUUUGGCAGCGAUGCUCUGGACUGGGUCGACAGAAGCUAUCUUACUGACUGGAUAGUUGUUGCUGCAUUCUGGGGCCUCUCAGAGCUUGCGGGUCGAAUCACUGUUUUCGAAAGAGACUUUUAUCCCACAGACCCUAUCAUCAACCACCCACACAAGAAGAACCAGAUUAGCGGCAGCUCAAAUCAUCUCAUUGCUCUUCUUGUUCCUGGUGCGGCCGUACUUGCAACAAGCCUUUACCAGCUUUCAUUUGUUUCUCUACAUCACGGACUUUUGGCACUACUUGCUGCACGAGGAAUGACCCGUCUGUUCACAAACAUACUCAAAAACAAAGUCGGUCGACUAAGACCGGAUUUCCUCUCGCGGUGCAAAUGGGACACCGAAAAACUCAAAUGCACAGGAAAAGCGGACAACAUACUGGACGGUAGACGAUCUUUCCCAAGUGGCCAUUCUAGUGCUGCGUUUGCUGGAAUGACAUUUCUCGCGUUCUGGCUUGCGGGACAAACAGCCGCCUGGUGUUUUCAAGCCCAAUUACCAGCCGCGUCGCUUCGAUCAAGCCGUCUUGCACGAUUCUGUUUCACACUGCUGCCAAUUUGGUGGGCUAUAUAUGUUGGUGUAACCAGAGUCGAAGAUUAUCGGCAUCAUAAAGAAGACGUUAUCGUUGGCGGUCUUAUGGGAAUUAUAUGCGCCAGCAUCUCCUACUUGGCUUUCUGGCCGUCCCCAUUUUCUGAGAGUAGCUUUCAACCUUACACUUACGGUCAGCCGAGGACGCUCAGCUCCAGCGAUACGGUCCUAUAUUCUCAAUCUGAUUCCCGUCGACGAACAGAGGCUGACUUUGAGCUGUCCCGCCUGGAAGAAUCCGACCUCGAUGUGUAA